AUGCUGAUGCACUCAGCCAACUGCCCCUACCUCAAACAGAUCCAGACCCAGACCCAGCAGCUUGCAUCCUGGCAAUCCAGAAUCUUCCUGAAAUGCCCCUACAUAGCCGCUGAAACUGCCACUGAUAAAACACUCAGUCGCAUUUUGAACUGGGUGUUGAGGGUGUGGCCAGAAAACAGAGCAAGUCCUGAGUUCCAGAGUUAUGCCAAUAAAAAGGAUGAACUGUCAGCCCACAAGGGUUGCAUAUUGUGGAGAAGCAGGGUGAUUGUUCUGCCCGCAAUGCGCGCCAGAGUAUUAGGAUCCCUGCAUGAAGGACAUCCAGACAUUGUCAGAAUGAAAGCACUUCCACGAAGCUACUUAUGGUGGCCAGGUUUGGAUAAAGACAUUGAGACUCAAGUCAGGAGCUGCGAGGUUUGCCAAGAAACCCAGCCAGAAAUGCCUCAAGCACCAAUGCACCAUUGGGAGACCACGCAAACUGCUUGGUCUUGUGUACACAUCAAUUUUUCAGGUCCAUUUCAAGGACAGGUAUUCCUCAUUGUCGUGGACAGCUACUCAAAAUGGCUAGAGGUAGUACCUGUCUAUGACCACUGCCAGGACUAUCCAGGAACUGCACAGGCUUUUCGCUACACACGGUCUACCAGACAUCAUUGUAUGAAGUGUCCAUUUGAGGUGAUAACAGAAGAAUUUAAGAAGUUUGAGGAGUUUAAUUACUACAAGCCAGGAGACUACCUGAUUACUGGAAUAACAUCUAAAAUAAUUGCUGCAUUUUACCCCCAUAUUUUCUCCUUGCCUCCAACCCACAGAUUGAGAAGUUCAUCAGCAAUAUUCAACCACGUCCUCCUCUUCUUCUUGGGUGUUCAUGAGAUCAACCAGAAUCCUAGGCUCUUACCCAACAUCACCCUGGGCUACAACAUCUAUGAUAACCUCCUGAAUGCAAGGAUAACAUACGAGGUCAUGAUGGACUUGCUGCCUACAGGACAGGAGAAUGUCCCAAAUUACAGAUGUGGAGGACAAAAGAAUCUCCUGGCAGUUCUUGAAAACACAGAUUCUGAACUCUUUGAUCAAAUUUCUACUGUCUUGGGCAUCUACAAAAUUCCACAGAUCAACACUGGUGAGAUUAGCUACAUUCUUCAGCAAAGUCAUCAUUUUCCUUUUUUCUACCGGAUGACCCCAAAACCAGAACCUCCUUACUCAACAAUUUUCAAGCUGCUCCUGCAUUUCCGAUGGACGUGGAUUGGCCUUCUUUCUCAGGACAAUGAAAGAGGAGAAAACUUUAAAAGAAGCUUGGAAACUCUAGCUGCCACAGGAGUACUAAUAGGAGUAAUAAUUGUUAAUGAAAGAAAGAAUACAUUCAUUGAGGGAAAAGUGUGGAUUGCAACAGCCUUGUCAAAAUUAAGCAUAAGAAUGCUUUCCAACUAUCUUGACCUCCAACAAAAACAUGUUUUGUUUUCUUUCCAAACACAGACAAACAGGGGACAAUAUUAUGACUUUGAUACAUAUUCCCUUACUGGGAAACAGUUUGUAGAAGAAGCAUUCCAGUGUUCCUAUUCAAGGCCUGUGUUGUCUAAGAAGGUUUGGAAAAAAUGCACAGAAAAAGAGAAUGGAGUAUUCCCACCCCUUCAGGUGCUUGCAAGAGUGGUAAUUGAGGAUGGUUCUGGUAUUUCCAGAGCAAUCCAUGCGGUGGCCUCAGUCCUCCAUGCCAUCUCUUCAUAUCAGAUGAGUAAGAGGAGGAUGCUGGCUGGAGACCAUCAGUCACCCCAGAUUAUACAGCCAUGGCAGCUACAUCGCUUCAUGAGAAACUUCCAGCUUCACAACAUUUCCAAUAGCAUUUAUUUAGAUGAAAAUGGAAUUCUUGCUGCUGACUUUAAUAUCAUACACUGGAAAAUGUUGCCAGAAGAGUCUUAUCUUAUGGAAAAAAUUGGGAGUAUAGAAAGGGAAGCUUCUUCUGAAGUCAAGACAGUGCCUUCUUCUAGAUGUUCAGAAAAUUGUUACCCAGGAUAUGUCAAACUUGUGAGAAAAGGAGCACUUGUUUGCUGCCAUGACUGUUCUCUGUGUAUGGAAGGAACAUUCUCAGUGGAAGAAGAUGCAUCCCAUUGCAGCAAGUGUCCAGAUGACCAGUUUUCCAAUGAGAAGCGAAAUGAAUGUAUCCCUAAAAGUAUAAGCUUCUUGUCCUAUGAAGAAACAUUGGGAAUCAUCCUGGCUUCCUUUACCCUUGCUUUGUCCCUAAUCACUGCCUUUGUUCUGGGAAUCUUCACUAAAUACAGAGAAACUGUAAUAGUUAAAGCCAACAACCGGGACCUCACCUACAUUCUUCUGAUCUCCCUCCUCCUCUCCUUCAUGACCUCUCUUCUAUUCAUUGGUCGCCCCAAAGAAAUCAUCUGCCUUCUUCGACAAAGCAUCUUCAGUGUUGUUUUCUCAGUUGCAGUGUCUUCAUUGCUGGCAAAGACUGUCAUGGUGGUGGUGGCAUUUCUGGCCACAAAGCCAGGCAGCAGGAUGAGGAAAUGGUUAGGAAAGACUCUGGCCAACUCCAUUGUUGUAUCCUGUUCUGGGAUUCAGGUGGGUAUCUGCAUGAUAUGGCUGGGAAUCUCUCCCCCAUUCCCAGAUUCUGACAUACAUUCUCAACCAGGAUACAUCCUGCUGCAAUGUAAUGAAGGGUCAAUCAUCAUGUUCUACACUGCACUAAGUUACAUGGGCCUUCUGGCUGCCAUCUGCUUCUUGGUGGCUUUCCUGGCACGCAAGCUGCCAGGAACCUUCAACGAAGCCAAGUUGAUCACCUUCAGCAUGUUGAUUUUCUGCAGUGUUUGGUUUCCUUUGUCCCCACGUACCUGA